GACCUUCCUGACCAAAAAAUGAAGAUGAAAAUGAAAGAAAAAAUCAUCAUCGAUGAUUCUGAUGAUGAACAACCCCAACCCAAACUCAAAAAGCCAUCCGCGGCAGCCGGAUCAUCCUCAUCACUGACACCGAGUUCACGUGCCUUGCUUCAUCUGAAGCUUUCCAACAACGACCCUGGUCAUGCGUUAGGGUCGUCGAAGGAACUCGUUCUGUUCAACCCUCUGAACCAGGAUUCAUCAUUGAACCCAGAGGGAUUAGAGUUAUUGUCUCAACACAACGAGCCAAGAAACGAGAGCCCGCGUGGUGGUGAUGGGAGAAAACCCCGAACUAGGGCUUUCACAUGCAACUUUUGCAAGAGAGAUUUCUCUACUUCCCAAGCAUUGGGAGGUCAUCAAAACGCUCACAAACAAGAGCGUGCCUUGGCCAAAAGGCGUCAAGGAGGAAUAGGAAUGGACAAUCUCUUUGGACAUUCCUAUCGUUAUCAUAGUCCAUAUUUAAGUAUCACUCAACACCCUCUCUCUGGAUCUUAUGGUAGAUCUCUUGGGGUUAGGAUGGACUCCAUGAUUCACAAGCCUUCUUAUCCAUGGUCUGCCUCGACAUUCGGGUUCGGGCGCUUUGGCCAUGGUAUUGGUGCUGGGAGUUGGUCAUCAUCAAGGCCAGGAGGCCUCAUGAAUAACUUUCAAUCCUCCAUUGAUAGGCUCAACCUUCAUGGCCUUCAUGCUAAUACUACUCAAACAUUAGGGCUUUCAGGAAACAGCAGUGCUUCAAGGUUUGAUCAGGAAAUUGGUUCUUCUCGCAACUUUGGUGGUUCAAACUUCGGAAUCAACAGGCCAAUCAUUGCUGGUGAUGUUCUCCGCCAUGAGCCUCUGGAACCCGAUACAGAUGCUUCUGGACUCGAUUUGUCUCUUAAGCUUUAA